GAGCAGCCGAUUGGCAGAACGGUGCUUUCAGGAACAAUAACAGUGGGGGGAGCCUGGGUCCUGGGGAGCUUCCCCCGCUCCCCCCAGCACCGCAGCGAGACUCGCGCCCCCCGCCGGAUCCCCACCUCCGCGCCCGCCCCGCGGGCUGAGCGGCCCGACCGGGGCCCGCCCCCGGCGCCCACCAUGUAUGCCUUUGUGCGGUUCCUGGAGGACAACGUCUGCUACGCGCUGCCGGUGUCGUGCGUGCGCGACUUCAGCCCCCGCUCGCGGCUGGAUUUUGACAACCAGAAGGUGUACGCCGUUUACCGGGGCUCGGAGGAACUGGGCGCCGGGCCCGAGAGCCCCCCGCGCGCCCCCCGCGACUGGGGAGCGCUGUUGCUCCACAAGGCCCAGAUCCUGGCGCUGGCAGAAGACAAAUCUGACCUUGAAAACAGUGUGAUGCAGAAGAAAAUUAAAAUCCCCAAGCUUUCUCUUAAUCAUGUAGAAGAAGAUGGAGAGGUUAAAGAUUAUGGGGAUGAAGAUUUACAGCUUAGACACAUCAAGAGACCUGAGGGGCGGAAGCCGAGCGAAGUGGCGCACAAGAGCAUCGAGGCAGUGGUGGCUCGGCUAGAGAAGCAGAACGGCCUGAGCCUGGGCCAUAGCACGUGUCCGGAAGAGGUCUUCGUGGAGGCCUCGCCAGGCACAGAGGACAUGGACAGUCUAGAAGAUGCUGUGGUGCCCCGGGCUCUGUAUGAGGAGCUGCUGCGCAACUACCAGCAGCAACAGGAAGAGAUGCGCCACCUCCAGCAGGAGCUGGAGCGGACUCGGAGGCAGCUGGUGCAACAGGCCAAGAAGCUCAAGGAGUACGGGGCACUUGUGUCUGAAAUGAAGGAGCUCCGUGACCUUAACCGGAGGCUCCAGGAUGUGCUGCUUCUGCGGCUUGGCAGCGGUGACACAACAAGAUCAGAGAGGUUAAGCAAUUAUUUAUGUGUACGUUAUCUCUUGAGGAUAGAAUGUGAAUCAAGCACUGUGCCAGGUCCCGCCAUUGAUCUGGAAAAAGUAAAGUCAGAAUGUCUCGAGCCCGAGCCGGAGUUACGGAGCACUUUCAGUGAGGAAGCAAAUACGUCGUCCUAUUACCCUGCUCCUGCGCCUGUCAUGGACAAGUAUAUCCUAGACAAUGGCAAGGUCCAUCUGGGAAGCGGGAUUUGGGUUGAUGAGGAGAAAUGGCACCAGCUACAAGUAACCCAAGGAGAUUCCAAGUACACGAAGAACUUGGCAGUUAUGAUUUGGGGAACAGAUGUUCUGAAAAACAGAAGCGUCACAGGAGUCGCCACAAAAAAAAAGAAAGAUGCAGUCCCUAAACCACCCCUCUCGCCUCACAAACUAAGCAUCGUCAGAGAGUGUUUGUAUGACAGAAUAGCACAAGAAACUGUGGAUGAAACUGAAAUUGCACAGAGACUCUCCAAAGUCAACAAGUACAUCUGUGAAAAAAUCAUGGAUAUCAAUAAAUCCUGUAAAAAUGAAGAACGAAGGGAAGCAAAAUACAAUUUGCAAUAAACUUUGGAUUUUUCAUAAA